AUGAGAGCCUCGUAUUGGCCAGGAUCGGACUACACCAUCAAGAAGCAAUGGCGGGAGCAACUCUUUCAAGUUGAGUUUGAACAUGAGCUGACAAUCCUUAAUCCGUCGCAGGUCUUUCCGAUGAGUCCGCUGGAUUUUUCACCAAGUAGCGAUGACCAGUUUGGUGUUCUCGGAAUACUUCAAGGCUUAUACAAGGAGCGUAAAGGCUCCAAGGACGAUGCCUGCGAUAUCUAUGCCGCUCAUUGGGACGAUUCGCGGUAAGUCUGGUCGGAUCAAGAUACUGUUCGAGGCAGUGUGGCAUUGGAUAUGUUUGUCACUGACAUCGUGGGAAUUUGGAAGCUGCUAUCGCUGGAAGGCCAGCUUUGUACAUGUCCAGAUGCAGAUAGGUAAGCGCAAAGCCUGCGAGGGCUCGACACCGACAGUAAGCGAGGUGGUGCUCGGCCGAGAUGCUGGCGUGACUGUGAGGCUGGCUCCAGGCGAGGCUGUCAGGUGA